AUGACGACGGCACCUUCCGCCCCCAAUCUCGCCAUCUUCCGCAGUUAUGCAUCCAAACCUAAUCCAAUCACUCUACCACCGUCAAUUCUACUCUCUCACUCAGAAACAUGUCUGACGGUCUUUGAUGCGUUCCCCAAAUCCAUCUUUCACUUUCUGGUCAUACCCCGGAUCCAGCCGCCAUUGAGCGCACGCCAUCUCACAGACUUGCGUUCUUUGCUUCGAUGCGAGAAAAGUACCGCAAAGGAGGUGCUUAUGAACUUAAACGAAGAAGCGAAUAACGUGAAGAAGAUGAUCGAGGAAGAGAUGAUGAAGUUGUACAAGUUCAAGUGGGAAAUUUGGAUGGGGUUUCACCCGAUUUCGAGCAUGGAACACCUCCAUUUGCAUGUGCUUUCUGCAGACUUGUAUUCUCCGAAGAUGAAGACGAAGAAGCACUAUAACUCGUUUGAUCCUAGCUUGGGAUUCUUUCUGCAUUUGAAAGAUGUUCUUUCGUGGUUCGAUGCCGUGCCUUCGUAUUAUCAAAGAAUGAUUAAGCUCGAUGCCAGCCAGUAUCAGUUGCUAUUAAAGGACGGCGACCUUUGUUGCUGGCAGUGCGAUCGUGCCCUGGAGAGCAUGCCUAAGCUGAAGGCACAUUUACAAGAUGAGUUCGGUAAGCUGACGACGAGGGAGAAGGCGAAGUCAGAAAGGAAAAGGAAACGUACCGAUGUACCCGUUUCGUCCGUGCGGGCAGUGGUGACCGAUGAUGAGCGACCUGACAAGGUCGCUCGUUUAACACCUAGCCGAGGUGAUGAUUCCAGCGAUCCAACUGUAGGUGCCGACCUACUGUCGUAA